AUGGAAGAGCGAAAAGAUAAGGCUUCGUGCGAUGGGGACAACCUUUCUCUGCCGGUAGCUGGGACUGAGGCAUGGCCUGCUUCAGCCACUCCAGCCUUGGCACCCUCACUUCUGAGCACCCUAGACCCAGCCCACCUGGGGCUCCCCGAGCAACUGGCUUCUGUCACUGUUCCCAUCCGCCUGGACACUCUGUCCUACCUCCUACAUAGUGCCCUACUGGGGACCUACAACUUCCAACAGUCCUUACCCCCUUGCUCCUGCGCUGCCCAGCCAUGCCACAUGUCACCAGACACAGUCAGGAGGCCUCCCAGGAGAUGGGACCAGGCCCGUGGGGGCUGUGAGAUUGAGCGCAGGCCUUCCCGGGGCAGGGGUUGGGGCCGGGGCCAGUCACGGUGGAGCCCUGGGAGAGCCAAAGAGCAGGAGAGGAGCAUGGCACGAGGCCCUGGGGCUGGCCCCAAGACCCAACCAGCGACACCACCAUCCCAGGAGGGGCAGAAGGAAGCUGCAGGACUGGAGCCACCCCUGCCUCCAGCACCUUUGUCUGAAGACUGGGAGACAGACUACUAG